UUAGAGUUGUCAGCUUAGUCUUCACCGAAAUGGAUGAUUAGCCUAGCAAAUUAGAAGAACUUUUUUAGUACUUAUCGAGAUUUGAGUACAAUAUAUAUAGAUAUGUCAGAGAAAAUGCAAACUAAACGCAGGACGGCUUGGGAAGUAACAGUUGAUUUUACGAGACGAACAACGUGUCAUGGACUUGAUCAAGUGACAGAAGACGGAAGACCUAUUGUAUUGAGAGUCGCAUGGUUCAUAGCCAUCCUGGGACUUUUUGGUGGAUUAUGCUGGCAGUUGACAGUUCGAGUUCAAGAAUAUAUGUCGUGGGCAACAGAUACUGAAUUACACGAAGAAUUUGAUUCAUUUGUUGAGUUCCCAGCGGUUUCCAUCUGCAAUUAUAACAGGUUUUUCAACAUAACCAGUCACGAAGAACUGGCUGCCGUGGAUGGGCUUAUCCGGAUUUCAUCUCCGGUUAGAAGAGUACACAACGAUGCUGCGUGGGAGAAGAAAAUACGAGAUUAUUACAAAAAUGAUUCUCAUAUCCCAUUUUUAAGUAAAGAAGUUGAUGAUAAAGGGUGGCCAUUGAACGAAAAAACUAUUUCCAAAUGUCUGUUUACUCAGAAAACCUGCAGUCAUAAAGACUUCAAGCCGUUUGUAACUCAAAUGGGACGAUGUUUUACAUUCACGUCGAAAGAAAAACUCGUGCAAAGUGUUCCAGGAAGUGGACACGGAUUACUAUUAUCAUUAAAUAUCAUGCAGGAUUACUAUUCUGAGCAUCCUGAAUAUGGAAGACCUGAAGCCGGUAUAAAAGUACAUAUUCAUGAACACAACGAGCCACCAAUGGUUGAAGAAUUCGGAGUUGCAGUACCUGCUGGACAUAUGGGACAUCUGGUUAUAAAAAAGGAGGAGCGAAAGUUGAUGCACAAACCGUGGGGAAUUUGCAACCCAAGUCCAAAGAAGAUGACUUACACUGACGAUUAUACUUUCAGUGAAUGCAUGACAGAAUGCAGAGUGCAGCAUAUUGUCGAGAAAUGUGGUUGCAAACCAUACUGGUCACCUACUGCAGAAAAGGCACAAGAGUGCGAUGUUUGGCAAAUAUUGGAAUGCGGCGGAGCAGCAGAAGCCGAUUCUCUGGCGUUAACUCCAAUAAACUGCAGCUGUGACCAAUCCUGCCAUUCUAUAAUAUACAACCAUAAACUGUCAUACGCAACUUUUCCUGGUAUUGAAGUUGGUGAAAUACUUGCGGAAUCUGAGCAUGACGAGGAAAUGCAGAAGAAAAUAGAUGAAGGUGAUAUUGAUUCACAAAUUAAGGUAAUGGGGACCGAAUUAAAUCUAACACUACUGGAUCCGUACAGGUUAAAACUGGGUAGUUUCAGAGAAAAUCAUUUGAUGUUGGAUGUAUACUUUGAGUCCCUGUCUUUCACAAAAAUAAUUCAGUCAAAAAAAGUCGGAGAGAUGAGCUUGGCAAGUGACUUCGGCGGAUUACUUGGAUUAUGGCUUGGGAUUAGCGUCGUAACAGUGCUAGAAUUUUUUCAGUUUAUUAUUCAGUUGUGCGCAAAUUAUUACCGCCCAGAUACCACCAACAAACGAGGGAGAAUGGGUGGAAAUGGAUCAACCAAGUCAAUGAAAACCAAGCAAAAGGUAAACCCAACUGUUAUAACAGUAAACGAACUAGACGAAGAACCGUCAGAAGAAGGCAAUGGCUUCACAUUUUUGAAUUUGGAAUCGGGAUUCACAUACGACAAUUUUUGCGAAGUUUAAUAUUUUUAUUAUUUACAAUCUUU